GGCAGACGACCAGAAUUGGACAAAAUACAAAAUGUCGUCCACAAGAUUUGGAGAUGUUAUAUUAUUCCUUCUUCAUUUCGUUUCGACUUUAGCUGGACCGCUUCAGCCAGAAACCAGUAUAUUAGAGCAAAUCCCAAAUUUGGGAGAGCUGCCCAAUGAAAUCAUAUAUAAAGUGUUGCCGCACCAGGUUAUAGCCGACUUCACAGAUGACUACAUCCUUCACCAAGGAUCCCCAUCAGCUACUGGAGAUACUCGUAAAGUACGGAUCGCAAGACGAGCACCUACACCAGAGGAUCACGUUAUUGAAGUCUUCUUCAUAGCAGAUUUCGCAGCUUACCAGAAGUGGUUGAAGACUGUAGAUGGAGAUAUUACUGCAGCUGAUAAAAGAAUGGAGAUCUUCUACCACUGGAUUGCAAGAUCGAUGAACGAAAGGUACAGCUAUGUAUCGAAGAUGAGCAACACCAUUAACAGUUUACAAAUCAAAUUGGUUGGAUUGCUUAUAUUGAAGGAUACUGCACCAUCAUGGACGGAACGUGCCAAACUACAGAAUGGGCUAGUGAACAUUACCCUUGCACUUGAAAAGCUCGAACAAUGGGUCAAAGAAAGGAACGACAUACCUAACAAUGAUCACAUAAUCGCUUUUACUGGGUAUGGCUUACAAAAGGGGGAGAAUGCAGACAUAAAAGGGUUGUCAACAUUAGCUGGGUUAUGUACUGACUCCUCGAUGACAAUACUUCAUGAUGAUAUGACUUCAUCAAUGCCUGCUGUGGCAGCUCAUGAACUUGGUCACAGUCUGGGAGCAAGUCACGACAAAGAAUCCAGCGGAUGUUCCGAUGACGAUAAUUACAUCAUGGCUACAAAACUCAAAUUUCCAGAAUCUGAAGUAUUAGCUAAAAGACCAUGGCAGUUUUCGAUAUGCUCCAUCAGGCAGUUCGAGGAGACACUAAGCAGAGUAACCUGCACUAAAGACACAGCACCAACAUCGACAUCUGUGAAGACCGAAGAAGCCGGGCAGAUUUUUACCGCGGACGAGCAGUGUGAAAUGGCCAAUAGUGAGACGUCGUAUAUUAGUAGGAAUCUACAUUAUACAGAAGGUUACGAUAACAUGUGUAGAGGGAUGUACUGUGAGGUUGUCAACUCCACCACCGUGUCCGUUAGAUUACCCAUAGAUGGUACCUCCUGUGGACAUAAAAAGUGGUGCAAGCAGGGUCGCUGUGUCCCUGAUCAAAAAGCCCCAAUCAAAAUAAACAACUGUCCAUCCGGAGACAGUCCACGGUUUGUGUGUCACAUCAAGCAUUGUUCGGUAUAUGCCAUGUCCGACCGGAAAUACCAGUGCUGUGAAACAUGUCCAGUUGGCUCUACGUCUAACGGAGCCGCAAGCUUCAAAAUUACCAAGACUGUCCAUACUCCGGUUCGAUCCGAAUCACUCAUUCCGGAUUCACGAUCCAAACUACCAGUACAAGCAACACAACAGGAUCCAAGUAAAUCAUCCGGUCAGCUCAGUCUUUUAAUUGCAAACAAUGGCGAACCAACCAAAAUAAUUAAUGGAAACAUCAUAGUAGCACAUAGGCCAGAAUCCACGACUAUAGACACGACAAGCGCACCAGAAGUGACGACAGAAGCACCGAUCGUACUAAAUGACGAACUUCACCAAGUUACAGUAACAGGGGUGUAUGGAAAACCGUCCAUUGGUGUAAGUGGAAGCGUCAAGGUUGUGGAACCUUCAGAAAUCACGACGAAACCUGCGACGGCGACAAACGACAUUUUCAACAGACUUAUUACGUCAUCCAACAACCAUAGAUUGCCUACUUCAAUAUUCGGAUUGGGUGGUGUUUUAGGACAACGCUGGGUAUACGGCGACGAUUUUUGGACAGUCUUCAACAAAUGGUUCAACCGGUGUAUGGCCAGUGCACAUAAAGUCGUGACGAAUGCACAUAACACCGUGUUCAAUUUGGAAGACAAACUGUAUCAGCAGCUUAAUACAGAGUUCCGGAACCUACUAUCUCUUCCUAGACAACCAGCACCACCUGUUCCACCACGACCAAUUGUAGGCCUACCACAUCUACCACAACAACCACUUGUAGGUCUAUCACAUCUACAACAACGGCCACUCGUAAGCCUACCGUUACACCCACGACCACUUCCUAGACCAGCAAAUCCGCCACGACCAUUAGCACCCAGACGUCCAUUUGUUUUACACCUUGUCCGACCAACAACCGGACGGCGGUCUAAAAUUUCCAGAUUGAGAAACUAUCCUAAAAGACGCAGAGGAUUUUCAAUGAUUGCCGUAGCAGGAAAAUAAGCGUUCCACUUCAAGAAUUAAAAGCUAUACUGUUGUUUUACGAUUGCAUAAUAAGUAGACAUUUCAAUGGACUGAAUGUUAGACAGUAUUAAUGUAUUGGGAUUGUAACGAGGACUUCUCAAUUUUU